UGUGCUGCCGCCUGGUCACUCUGAAUAGUUUUCCAGCUCUAGUCAACGCCGCCUGAUUAAUUCCAAAUUAAAAGUUAUUAAAUCGCAACAAAACGCAGCAGCAAAGUGUGCACAAUGAGCGAGCAGAAAACGAGUGGGCUGUCGGCCCUUCAGCAAAUCGCGGCGGAAUACAAGGACAAACGGCCACAAUGGCACUCCUUUUACAAGGAAAUUUGCGAGACCUGUGACCGGGAAGCGAAGGAACAACAAUUCAGCACUUCGGAAUCGGAACGUCACACAAACCGCGGGCUGAAUCGUUAUCGGGAUGUUAAUCCGUAUGACCAUUCCCGCAUUGUUUUGAAGCGCGGCAGUGUGGACUACAUCAAUGCCAACCUGGUUAAGCUGGAGCGCGCCGAGCGUCAGUACAUCCUGACCCAGGGACCGCUGGUGGACACAGUGGGCCACUUCUGGCUAAUGGUCUGGGAGCAGAAUUCCAGCGCCAUUCUCAUGCUCAACAAGAUAAUGGAGAAGAAGCAGAUCAAGUGCCACCUCUACUGGCCCAACGAGAUGGGAGCUGACAAGGCCCUAAAGUUAUCCAAUGUCAAGCUCACAGUGGAGCUGAUCCGCUGCCAGACCUACCAGAACUUUGUGCGACGGUGGUUCAAAUUAACCGAUCUCGAAACGCAGCAGAGCAGAGAGGUGAUGCAGUUCCACUAUACCACAUGGCCGGACUUUGGCAUACCCAGCUCGCCAAAUGCAUUCCUCAAGUUUUUGCAGCAGGUGCGCGACUCCGGCUGCCUGAGCCGCGACGUGGGUCCGGCGGUGGUGCACUGCAGCGCCGGAAUCGGACGCUCGGGCACUUUCUGCCUGGUGGACUGCUGCCUGGUGCUGAUCGACAAGUACGGCGAGUGCAAUGUGUCCAAGGUGCUGUGUGAGCUGCGCAGCUAUCGCAUGGGUCUGAUCCAGACCUCCGACCAGCUGGACUUUUCCUACCAGGCGAUCAUCGAGGGCAUCAAGAAGCUGCACGAUCCCACCUUUCUCAACGCUGAGGAGCCAAUUAUUAGCAAUGACACAGACACCCACACACUGGAUGAACUGCCGCCGCCUUUGCCGCCUCGCGUUCAAUCGCUAAACUUGCCACUGGCCCCCAAUUCUGGUGGCGUUCUUUUGCUUAAUAUGCGCGCAGCCCAGGCCAAUGGAGCUGAUGAUAUCGCCGACCUGAUUGGCGAAAAGUUAAGCAAGGAUGCCCUGAACAACUUUAUCAAUCAGCAUGAUAUAAUCCACGAUGCUGAGGUGGCCGACAGCCGUCCCUUGCCGCCGCUGCCCUCGAGGCCGCUGAGAGCUCUCAACGAGUCGGACAGCGAUGAGGAUUACUUGCUGGACGACGAGGAGGAGGAUGACACCGAUGAGGAUGAGGAGUACGAGACCAUUAACGAACACGAAGCAGAGCCAGUUAAUGGUCAUGUGACGACGGCACAGCCGCAUGUCGACGAUGUGAAUGCCAACAACGAGAAGCCAACAGCGCCGGCCGGUGAACAAAAUAAGGCCAACGGCAUCGAUACAAUUCCAGAUCAACUCGCAGCCAGUCCGGAGAACGAGCUGAAGCGGCGAAAACGCAACGAAUACCAGGCCAGCCUGGAACAGAAGGUCAACGACAUAAAGCGGAAGCAGCGGGAGAACGAGGACAGCCAGCUGGCGGCAAAGAAACGAAGGUCAUUACUCACAUAUAUUGCCGCUGGUGUUGUGGUGGGCGUGAUCUGCGCCUACGCAUACACGAAGCUAGGAUAAGUGCCCUAAGUAGCCACUAAGUAGUCGUAGGCCAGUAGUAGCAAUAGCUGUAUGACGUAUUUAGUUGCCGUAGGAGACCGAUUCCCCAGAUACCCGAUUUCCGACUACCGACCACCGACCGAUCCCCACCAGCUCGUCCGCCUGGCCCGUCAUCUAAUGUGGGCACGAAUCAAGGGCGAGGUACGGAUCGGAUGGGAUAGGAUAGGAUCAGAGAUCGGAUGGAAUCGCAUCGCAAUCAUCAACGGAUUGCGGAUGGCGGAUUGAGCUGAACGAACGAUACACGAUGCAUAAAUAUUAGGGAAUUUUUAUAUACGAAAAAGAAAAGAAACGGAAACGAGGAAAUCUUGCAACUAAACUAAACGAGAGUCGGGUAGAAAUCACGUCAAAUGUAGAUUUUGCGCAAUAGACUGACAUUUUAGAUCAAAUUUAUUUUCUACACUUAAAAAAAAAUAUAUAUAUUGAUAAAACAGACCAGAGUACCCGAAACGCACCACACCAAAAUCCAAA